ACGCUGGGAGCAGUUGGUUGCUGCCUGCCUUAGGAUGAAAGCUGUAUCUCAGCAACCAGGCGUCUCCUGGCACGCUGCGUGCCCGCUCGCCGAGGUUUCCAAGCGGAACAGAGAAAUUGACAUGAUGUGGACCAAUAAAUCAAAUGAGGUGCCUCUACGAAGUCCAAGGCAUAACCGAGCCAAGGAUUCUACCAGAGAUCCACCUGCAGCAUGGAUUACUUUUUCUCAGACUAAGGCUGCUCUACGCCAUAUAGAGAACAAGUUGGAAAUAGCUCCCAUCAGCACAGCUGUGUUUGAUUCUAUCAUGGAUGCCAAGAAGCCCUCUGCUAGCGCAAGCAGGAAAAUAAGCAGAAAGGCUUCCCGGUCCUCCAGCCAAACUAAAUCAAGCAAGGAGAAGUCCUCACGCAGCCCUCUUCGAGCAACAACCCUUGAAAGCAAUGUGAAGAAAACCAACCACGUGGAAUUUUGUGAACCAUUGGCUUCAUACAGCAGGGAUCCAUACAGUUCUCUGUCAUAUCACGGUUCCAGCCAAUUGGAGGCCAAGCAACUUCUGUCUAGUUUGGACUUCAGUGAAGCAGAAGGGAAAACUGAAGUAACGGGCCAUAUGAUACAUGAUAGAGAUGAACGAGAUCUACACAGCAGAGAUUUUGAAAGCUCGUCAUCUGCUGCUGCAGAUAAGACUGUUGUUAGGUAUUUGAACGACCGAUCAGCAAUUGAUGCUUUGCAAAAUGAGGCAUUUCUUAAAGCUGCCACACCUCCAAGAUUGGAAGAGGAAAAAGCUAGUGGCUCCGGAGGAGAUGAGUGUAGCACUAAAACUCCUCUGAGUAACACGUCCCAGGACAGUGAACUGAAAGUGUCUUCCCCUUCUACCAUGAGUACUUCUAGUGCUCAUAGGCUGGAAAUCUUGAAACGGCGGCAGCAUGACGCUAAGUUGGAGAAGCUGAAGGAGCGGAUUCGAAAGCAGUGGGAGCAUUCUGAAGAGCUGGGUGGCAGAACACAACACUCAGGAUAUGCUGAGCAACCUGUAGUGAUCACAAAUGUGGAGAAUGCUGUUACUCCCAAAGUCAGGAAAGUGGCAGCCGCACCUGCUGCUCCAGCAUACAAAGGUUUCAAUCCUGCUGAAACAAAAAUUCGCACUCCAGAUGGGAAGAUCUGGCAUGAGGAAGAAUUUCACAUUAGUCGGGAGCUAUAUAGAGAUAUAGCACUCCAGUUAACAGAGGAUUCAACAAUGAAAGAAAAACCUGGUGAGAGAAACAAAGAGAGAAAAGCUACCAGACCAGUGCGGAAAGUUCAAAAGCUGAUGCGGUCGGCAAGCCCAGAGUCCAAACAAGGUGGAAACUAUGUAAUAAGUGCAUCCUCCUGGCGGGAGGGACAAAAGCUAGUAAAAAAGAUACUGGGUCCAGCUCCCAGAAUAGAACAGGACAGAAGAGCUGUAUCUAGUGACAGAACAGGACGAGAGAGAGCUGCUAAGCCGGGCCGUAUUGGAAGGACGGGUUCAGAUUCUAGACUGGAUGUUACACGGAAAACCUCUUCAAGAAGUUCUGAACGAUCAAGGAGUAAAGUACGGUCUGAGAAUAAUUUGAAGAAACUGGAAUCUGCUCUUCCAGAUGAUAACCAAGAUGAUCAUACCUCUGUAAAUAAAGACUUCCUGCCCUUGGAGAUCCGUGGAAUUCUUGAUGACUUGCAGUUGGAUUCCAUGACUACAAAACAAGAAAAAAAUGUGGAAAAGCAGAAUCAGAAGUCCGUUUUGCCUGCUCAAAAUGUUAGGAGCCACAGUCCAACCAAAAGGAAACCAGACAAGGUAGCUGCUAGUGAGGAGCCUCAAGUGAUCACUAAGAAGCGUCACUAUGAUACAGAUGAGGUUCGUCAGUACAUCAUCAGGCAGCAAGAGGAGCGGAAGAAGAAGCAGAAUGAAGAGAAGAAAGCACAAAAGGAGGCAACAGAACAGAAGAACAAAAGGCUCCAAGAACUCUACAGAAAGCAGAAAGAAGCUUUUACUAAAGUCAAGAAUGUGCCUCCUCCUGAGCCUUCAGCAGCCAAACGGUUACAGGAAACUUACUCUAAGAUAUUGCUGGAACAUACAUUUUUAGAAGAGCCCUCUCAGCUGCCUACAGUGCAGGAAUCACAGCCCAAACCUGGUUAUCAGCCAUCUGGGGAAUCUGACAAAGAAAACAAGGCUCAAGAACGUCCUCCUAGUGCAUCUUCAAGUAGUGACAUGUCACUGUCAGAACCACAGCAGCCGCUACUGAGAAGUGACUUGAUGGAUCCUCCCUGGAUACAGCCAGACAGGUUGAGCCCAAGAGUCCAGCUCUCGCACCCACAAGGUCUCACGGGCUCAAGUGGAGGCCCUUGCUCCCAGCACUGGACUCUGGAGCAGAUGGGCCUUUUGUCAAAGGAACGUGAUGCAGUGUUGGCAGGCAGGAGGAGCCAUGCUACACCCGUGGGCUCACUGACCUUGAUGUCUCAGCCGUACAUGAAUUCACCUGCUGCACAGCAAAAUCUCGUAGGAAAACCUACUGCUAACCAAUAUAAGAGCAAAUUAGAUCGGAUUGAGGCUUUGAAAGCUACAGCUGCUUCCCUUUCUAGCCGAGUUGUGAGUGAAGCCAAGAAGUUGGCUGGGGCUGGUAUCAAUUAUGGCACCAUGUGGAACUCGGACCAUGAAUUUAUGCAAGAAAACCAGGAUGAUGGACGGUGGGCAAAGGCUGCGAGUCCUCCUGUGAGAGAGGAAAAUGAAGAUGCUUUUUCAGCCAGAAUCCAAAAAAUGCUGGGUACCUGUAUGACUCAUACAGCCUUUGAUGACAACCUUCCUGGGGUAGGCAACCUUAGUGAAUUUAAAAAGCUCCCUGAGACAAUCAGGCCUCAUACUGCCUCAGUCAGCCUUGGAAUGAGGUCCCCUGCCGGCCACCGUCAUGAGGGUCUACUGGGACAUUUGUCCAAGAGACAGACCGACUCCCUGGGCCGUGAAAACCAGGCUCAUGGGCUGAACAAGGCUGUAAUUCCUCAAGAGUCCAGCAUAGACUCCAUCAGCGAAGGGCCCCUCCCGAGCGAUGGAAGCCUCUCUGAGGAGGAAGGAGGCCAGCACAAACAGCUGCCGCUGAAGAUGCUGGAGGCAUUGAAAGAGACGGAUUUUUGUGUUCGGGAGAGAAGUGCUUUUGAACCUAUAAAAGAAUUUCAGAAAGAAGCUGAGAAGUAUUUGCCGCUUUACACUCAGACAAGUGGCACGCACAGCAAGGGGCCAUGGGAAGAACUAGCAAAGGGAAGCCCACACAGUGUCAUCAACAUCUUUGCGAAAAGCUAUCAGCUUCACGGAAAGGUAUUUGAUGAAAGGUCAAAUGGAGGCUCUUCCCUUCUGCGCCCUUUGCUGCCUGCCAUGAGCCCUCCAGAAAAUGUUUCUUAUGAAAAUGAUUUUGCCUCAUCGCAGGGAAGUGGCACUUUAACAGACAAAAAGAUUGCGCGUGACCUCAGUGUUUCUGGCAGCAGUAAUUCAAGCAUUCAGGAAGAACUUUCUAGUAGAAAGUCUCCCCAUGAAUCUCGAUCUGUAGACCUUGCUUCUCAGCAUUCAUCUGGACCAAGAUCUGCAGCAUCUUCUCGCUCAUCUGCUUCCUCUAAAAAGAGGGGGGAAAAGGAACGGUUGGAAUCUUACCAUGGAAGUUCUCACCACUUUCCGGAAGAAGAUAAAAUGCCAUCUGAAUUAGAGCGGGGAUCCCAACAGGCAAAGAAGUCCUUAUUGAGUAGUAGAAUUUCUAACAAGGACCAUGAGCAGAACCCAGAUACAGACAGCACAUUAGAAAAUUUAUCUGGACAUUCCCUGCUGAGUUUCUUGGACAAGGGAAGAUCCCAGAAGACACCAACUUCUUCCCCAUCUUCAGGUUCCCAAAAAUUGUCGCAGUUUGAUCCUAUAGGCAAUACAGCAGAAAGAGCCAAGUCACCUGCUGGCUUUUCUGGAAGUGCAGCAUCGGGGCUGAAGCCUAACCUAGCCUUCUCUGACCUUAGUCUGGGAACUAGUAGGCCUGCAGCAGGAGCAGCCUCAGCGAGCGGAUGUAUGUGCUUCUCCCCUGCCGGUCUUCAGCACCGCUUGUCGGCAGAAUUGAACUACCUUAGUGCCAUCGAGGAGUCUGUCCGGCAGCUUUCAGACAUAGAACGUGUACGAGGCAUAUCACUUGCCCAGCAGGAGAGCGUUUCUUUGGCUCAGAUUCUAAAGGCACAGCAGCAGCGCCAUGAAAGGGACUUAGCUCUUUUGAAAAUCAAAGCUGAACAAGAAGCUUUAGAAAGUCAGAGACAACUGGAAGAGGCAAGGAAGAAGGCAGCUCAGGUCAAUGUAGAAUCACUACAACAUCUUCUCCAGUCACUGCAGGAGGUAGCAGAUGUGCUGCAAGAGCCUACGUGCAAAGUUGCAGCCAAGCAGGCAGAAACUGCAAUUCUCACUACAGAUGCAGCUCACCGAGAGAUGACAGAGUUAGCUCGAACCCAGACCUCAGAUACUGUAAGUGCUCCAGCUGCUGCAGUCACCACUUUAUUUGACCACCAACGGCAGCAUCACUCAGAGUUCGUGAAACAACUGAGAGCCCAAACUGAUACAAACAGGAAAUGUGAAUCUGGUGCCAUGUCACAAGGUAAAGAGGAGAUGGGUGACUCCAAACAGACUUACUCACCAGUGUUUGAUAGUUACUCAGAAUCCUCAAGAUCAAAGGUUCAUGAUCGGAGUAGUACCAGCAGCCGGCAAGAGAGUCCUUCUGUUCCAUCUUCUAAGGAGAACGAGAAAAAGCUUUCCCGUCGUGAAAAGAUAACUGGCAGUACUGAAGAGCAGGCUCAUACUGGUGUGGAUGAUUCCUUGCCGAGUGAUAGUAUUUUAUCACUGCCAGAUGAAAAAGAUUCCGCUUCAGUUGCAACAGAGUGUUCCCUGAAAUUUGAUGAGUCCAUGACAGAGGAUGAGAUUGAAGAGAAGUCUUUUCGGUCUUUGCUGCCCUCAGAGAGUCAUCGUAGAAUUAACUUGGAGAAGAAAUGGGGUAGUCGUGAUGAUUCUGAUGAGGAAGUCUCCCCAGAAAAAACAGCUCUGUCAUCUAUCAAGGAGCUAAGCAUGCCAUUCUCAGGGGGACAAGAUAGUUUCUCUAAAUUUACCAUGGAGAUGGUAAGGCAGUACAUGAAAGAGGAGGAAAUGCGAGCAGCUCAUCAGUCCUCACUACUUCGGCUCCGGGAGAAGGCUCUGAAAGAGAAGACAAAAGCUGAAUUAGCUUGGCUGGAACAUCAAAAGAAGCAUUUGCGAGACAAGGGAGAGGAUGAUAAGAUGCCCCCUAUUCGAAAGAGGCAGCGUGGUCUGCUGCUGAGAUUGCAGCAGGAAAAGGCAGAAAUUAAGCGUCUUCAAGAGGCUAACAAGGCUGCUCGGAAGGAGAGACAGCUGAUCCUUAAACAGCAGGCGGAGAUAGAACGAAUCCGUCAGACUACAAUGAAACUGCAGGAAAAAUUAAAAUCUGCAGGAGAAAACAAGCUGGAACUUCACAGUGAGGAUGACAUCAAACAGAGCAAUGGUUCUAGCCCACUUCCAACCGAUGCAGAAACACGCAGCCCUUCCCCAAUCUCAAUCUCCAGCAGUGAGACUAGUAGCAUCAUGCAGAAACUUAAAAAAAUGCGCAGCAGAAUGGACGAAAAACACUGCUCUCCUGUUCACUACUUCUUCUCUGUCUUUACGUCUCACCACUGGGCCUCUCUCAGUGUCUGUUUUCCCAACCUCCACCCCAAAUUCCAGCUGUAUAUCUACAACCAAUUGGUCAGGUUCCUAACUAAGCGAGAACAGAAGCUGAUGCAGCGUCGACAACAUGCUGAAGAAUUGCUGGAGUGGAAACGCUGUCUUGAUGCAGAGGAAGCCGAAAUACGGCGGAUAGAAAAGCAGGCUCUGGCUGCCUGGGACAAAGAGUUGCUUAAAAACAAAGUAGCCAAGAAAGAACUGGGGGAUCAGAGAACUGAGCCCAAAGAAACAGCCAGUGAAGAAGAGUCUCCAGUGCCUUGCUCUUGUCUGAACAGUGAAAGCUCUGUCCCAGAAGAUCUUGGCAGUCUAGCUGCUGAGUCUGUCCCAUCAGAGACUAUGGGCCACGGGCAGCCAGAAAGCCCAGCUCAGAGUACGAUUAACGAAGAAAUGAUUUAUUCUGAGGAGUUCAAGUCCUCUACCACACCUGGCAAACUUUCUCCUCCCAAAAGCAUAUCUGUAUCAAAGCAAGAUUCCAGCAAAGGCAGCCAUAGAACUGGAGGACAGCUACGUUCACCUGUGAAGUCUCACCAGAUAUCCUACAAUUGGUCUGAUGAAUCUUUAUCUAUGACCCAGUCAGAAACCACAUCUGAUCAAAGUGAUAUUGAAGGACGGAUCAGGGCCCUGAAGGAUGAACUACGGAAAAGGAAGUCUGUGGUUUACCAGCUGAAAAAGGAACAGAAGAAGAGGCAAAAGGAGAGACUGAAAGCCCAGGAGGCCAGUUUGAUCAAACAACUGGAGUCAUAUGAUGAGUUUAUCAAGAAGACUGAAGCAGAGCUGAGCCAAGAUCUGGACUUAUCACCCACAGCCAAACCUCAGAUUAAAACUCCGUAUUCAGCUGCUGCUGAAAAACCUAAGAUCAAGGCACCACCACUCCAUAGGCCAGAGACAGCUAAAAACUGGAAAUCACUGACUGAAUCAGAGCGAUCCAGAGCAUCUUUGGAAUCCAUUGCAGAGUAUGCAGAUGCUGUGUCAUCAAGAACUGAGAGAUCUGUGUCUGUGCACACCAAGAAGGUGACAGAUGUUCAUGCAGAAGAACCUUCCAGAAAAUCUUCCUCAGGUUUAAUGUCACCAAGGAGUUCCAGAGCAGGAUCUGGUGAUUCCCUAGAUCACGUGUCCUUACCAGCUCUUCUCAAAGACACAAAAGACAUUAGUAGGGACAUCAGUAGGAUAUCACAUGGGUCCACAAGCAUUGCAGUACAUGUACCCAAUGAGGAGGAUGUCUUCAGUCAUAAAUCUGAGAUACCAGAAGAUUUGGAAUAUAUAAAAUCAGAAGAAUGUGAGAUUGAAGAUUCCUAUGUUAAACCUUUGGAAAGUUCUGAUGUGUUGUUGACAUUAGAUAAAGAACAGGAGAGUUCAUUGGAUGUUAUUCCAGAAAUUUAUUUCAGGAAUUCCUCCAUUAGUCCUCCAGUUAUUUCAGAAUUCCUCCAUUCUGAAAAAGAACACUCUCUAAAGGAACCUUUUGGUUUGUCUGUGGAAAGCCGUCAUGGUAAGGAAGAAGUCUUAGGACAGAGACUGGCAGACAAAGAUGCUGUAACUGUCCCAAACGUAGACGAGUCUUAUUGCAAAUUGAGCAAAUCAGCAGAGGAAAAAGGUGAUCUGCUUUCAGAACACCUGUUUAGUCAAAAAGAGCCAUCAUAUGUUGAAGACUUUGAAGGAUCCUCCUCCAGGAAACAGGCAUCAAUUGAAGAAACACUUGCUGUGGAACAUUACGAAGAUGACUUUGAAGUGUCCCUUCUCUCCCCUAAAGGGGACACUCAGUCACAGAGAGAGCAGUCACAGCACACAGGAACCAACAGAAGCAGAUCCACGAGCCUUGGCAGUGAUGGCGAAAUCAGUGAAUACCUCAGUGACAAAUCUCUUUCUCUCUCCGGCAGCAAGCAUUCGGAGAGGUUGUUGGAACUUAAGUCUCCAACAGAACUUCUGAAAAAUACGGAACGCAUUGAUGUGGAGAAAGAGCAGGCUCCUACUCAGCCACCACCAUGGGCCUCUGCUUCAGUCACAGAAAAAACAGAUAAUUUGUCAAACUUCAGCAUUGGUGAUAGGGUACUUGUGAGUAAAGUCCAGCCUGGAACACUGCGAUUCAAAGGUCUGACUAAAUUUGCCAAAGGGUUUUGGGCUGGUGUGGAGUUGGAUAAUCCUGAAGGGAACAAUAAUGGAACUUACGAUGGUAUUAGAUAUUUUGAUUGCAAAGAAAAGCAUGGUAUUUUUGCUCCUCCUCAAAAAAUCUCUCACAUUGCAGAAAGUAUCGAUAGCCAUUUAGACACAAAUAAGGAUGAAGAUUCAUUCUUUGAUGACAGACUGGAGAAGCAACACAAAGCUGAGCAGAAAGGCAAAGGAAUUUCCAAAUCUGGCAAAGAAGAUGAAAGCCAGAGCAGAAGUGCAACAGAGAACUCUUCCCAGAAUAAAACUCCUGCAGACAGAGCUGUUUCAGAAGCCUCAGCUGGAGAAAACAUAGAUGAGGACUCAUCUUCCAAAGCAAACAGCAUAAAGGAGAUUUCUGUAGCUACUGAAUCACUUGCCCCAGAACAGUCUGUGGUGGCUUAUCUGAAGCAUGCUAUAAAAGAGGAGGCCAACCUUGCUCCUCCCGUUUCUGAUGUGAUGGACUUUUUUUCCACUGUUCAGUUGGAUGACAUCUCCGAUUUCCUUUCUGAAAAACUGGAGAGACAGAAAACACUGGGGGAAGAGUGUUCUGAAAAGUUAGAUGAUCUCUCUCCUGGAGUUGUGGAGAAGCCUGCAACUCCACUUCUGGAUUUGCUGACAAAAGAAAAGAACCAAUUAGAAGCCCAGCUUAGACUACCAUUUAGAGAAGAAGAAAAGUCGAAAGACAAACUGGAAAAGGUCAGUUUGCUGACAGACAGUCUGCUUAAAGAUUUUAUGAAAGAUAUAGUCGAUCAGUUACAGCAAAUAAAGAAGGUCAGGAAUGAGAAAAUCCAGCUCAGCAACCAGGAACUCUGUGAUGUGAGGGAGGAAUCCAAUCCCCCAUCCCAGCAAGUAGAAAAGCAGAUUCCUGAUGGACUGAAUAAUUUUUUUCUAAGCUCGGACUUGGAAGAUGAAAGAGAAGAACUUUCCUCUCCAGACAUGUGUCCCAGACCAGAGAGUCCAGUGUUUGGUGCAAGCGGUCAGGAGGAGCUUGCCAAGAGGCUGGCUGAGCUGGAGCUCAGUCGGGAGCUUCUGAGCGUGCUGGGAGACGAUCAAGAUUGGUUUGAUGAGGACUAUGGCCUUAGUUCCCGUAAGGUCCAGCAGAAACAAGCUGAGGAACCAGCAGUGCUGCCCAAGGUAGAAGCACAGAAAGUUCCAACAAAGCCGUGUGAGGAGCCUUUGACAGUCCCUCUUACUGCAGUGGAGGUGGAAGGUAUGGUGCAUGCAGCAUCUGAGGAACUCUGGAAACUGAAAGAGCUGGGUCAUGAUCUUCAAAAUUUCAGCCUUCACACUGAGCUUAGUGGUACCAUUAAAGAGCAAGACACGGACACGAUAAACAAACAGGUCUAUGAAAAGGUGGUGUUUGAUUUAACAAGAGAGAUCUUUGGAGAAAUCUUUGCUAAGGAUCCUAAUCUAAAUCAGCCUAUUUGGAUGAAACCACGUAGGAUUGCAUCUGCUUACUUUCGCCGAGUAAAAGAUCCAAAUGAUCUGGAUGAAAUCAAGAGCUUCAUUGCAGCUGAAGUACUGAAGUUGUUCAGCCAGAGGAAAGAACCUAAUCACAAAACAGACUGGCAGAAGAUGAUGAAAUUUGGGCGGAAGAAACGAGAUAGAGUGGAUCAUAUAUUGGUGCAGGAACUUCACGAGGAAGAAGCACAGUGGGUGAACUACGAUGAGGAUGAACUGUGUGUAAAGAUGCAGUUGGCAGACGGGAUCUUCGAGGCCUUAAUCAGAGACACUAUUGAUGUACUGAACCAGACAAGUGGGAAACAGCAGAGAUUACUGCUUGUUGACAGAGCUGAAAAUAAACUUGACGCUGCGUAACCACUGAGUCAUGGGCCUUUCUGACUCCCGACGUACUCUGCACCCUGCGAGCAACUGCUGCUGGACUUCCACACCUGGGUUUUAAAGGCAAUACAGAUGUGAUUACAGCAACCUGAACUUGCAUCCUCUGCCGCUAGAGACCUUGCACCGGAUUUGUUGCUUGGAACAAGCUGAUCCUCACUAGAGGCUGCAUUGUGGAGUGCUCAGACUGUUUGCGUGCCGAUGCAGUUAUGCCACAUCGCUGUCGGCAGCUGUCCGUGGCCCCUGCCUGGGGCUCUGACGUGCAGCCUGUGUUCCAAAAGGGUUGGGUUAAGUUGGGAUAUUGGCUGUUCUGCUGGAAUGGCUGUCAGCCAUCAGUACUAGAGUUGUCUUUAGAAAUGUGAGUAAUUUGCAGAAGAAAUGGUUUGGUCAGGUUUUAGUCAUAAAUGAAUAUUUACCAUACUGAACAGUGUUAAAACCUUAACACCUCUUCUCCUGCAGCCCUAACAAUGUGCAUCAGUUUCUUCUGCUCUGGAGCCCAGUUAAUUCCAUUUUCUGUGAAGCUGGUUUUCGUCUUUCUUCCUGAGAUGUGGUGCCAGAUACGGUGCCAGUCAGUCCAGGGAAAUUAGGUGAUGUUGCUUUUUGCAUUCAAGUAAAGAAUUCUUACUGCUUUUCCUAUAUUAACGUGCUUCAAUCCAGAGGUGGAGCAAGAUAAAGGCCGCCUCAUGCCAAACAUGAAAGAUGAGCCCGUGGACAACUUUCCUCCUACUGUGUAGCACUUCUUCACUUCCUGGAGCACCAGCUGCUCCUAGAUAACGGAUACUCAGGAUUCUCUCAGGCACGAGACAUGCAGGAGUGGAAAAUGUUUCCUUGCAAAAAUUUGGCCUUCACACCCUCAGCUUUCUCCCUUCUUGUCACCUAAUAAUUCGGAGAAGCAGUUACUUGAACAAUUUAGAGAACAGAGUGUAUUCACCAAAGAAAGCAGUGCUUGACUGUCUGCAUGUUUUGUGCUUGUGGCUUUUUUUUAAUUUAUUUUCAGAUAAUUUAUUAAGUGGGUUAUAGGAGAGUGUCCUGUGCAGUUGGUUGUGCUAUCUUAUAUUUUGAGACAGCCAAACGUGAGAAAGCGUCUGUUCUGGAAACUGCCGGUGUCUGUAUUCUUCACACAAAACCUCCAGCUCCUCGAGGCAGAUACAGGGAAGGUGAGAGGAACCAAACCUCAGUGACUGGGGGUGGGAAGCAAAGGUACAGCUAGGAAUGGAGCUUCUCUGCACCUGAUUCAGAGACAAGGGAGAGUUGAAGGGACCGAGCUGAAAAAUGGUGUGAAACUUCCCUGCUCCGUCUGUUUCCUUCCUACCUUUCCCAGAACUUCUAGGCCAUGGGCAGCUGUUACCUGGUUCAUUCAGUGCCGGGUUGAACCACAGUGUCCUUCUGCUGAGUUCUCUUUCCUAAUCUGUCCCUCCCAUUCUGGUGUUUCUCUUGGAUGAACACAGACAAUCUGGGGUCGAACGUUGAUGCCUUAAUAGUGGAUGUCCCUGUUUGUUAACCUGGGACAAGAUGCAGAGGAGAGUCCGGUUCUCCAGACACAUUGGAGUGCAGGGAGAUGCUUCGAAGCCCUCUUGGAGGGUCCCCCAAAGAUGCUGCUGCCCACGAUAGGCAUGAUGGGGGAGAUACCUGCUGCUUCUUUCAUCUGCUUGGUUCUUGGGCUUCUUAGUAUGCUUAUCUCUGCUACUGCUCCAUUAGGGUUUUUCUUUUCCCUUUUUUCUUUUGUUUUAGAAAGCUAUCAUUGGAAUAUUUGCAUUUUGCACAACGACACGUGGCUGGUAAUUCUUCAGGGACAGCACUGGGAAGUGUUGGAUUUAUCAGAGGUCCAAGCAGACUCUCAGAUGUAGUAUUGCCAGCACCUCACUUGCGAGUUAAUGGUGAGCCAUAUUCAUAGAAGCUUAACAAGUGGAAGAAGGAGGAGAUAACGCUGUAAUAGGAACACCUCCAGCAGGGCAUAUGCAUGUCUGUCCUGCAGUAGCAGCCUUUCUGGCUGGCUGGAAGUCAAAUGGUCUUGGCAGAGCAACGUUCAGCCUUUUUCCUUAAGUGAUUCAUUUGUCCGCCUAAGGUGUCAUGAUGCUGAACUGUGAAAUUCUCGAAUGCUUAAAAUAGAAGCAAACUAAAGCUGCUGCAUUUAACCAGCCUGGUGUCACUGCUUGGGUCACUGCCUCAGAUUCCCUUUCCUGGGCGUAUCUUUUUCAAUAGAGACAAUUGUUAUUUUUAUAGGUAGCAAUUACGAAAAGAAGGUAGAAACCCGCAGCGCAGGCUGGUGGCUGAGUAUCAGAGGAGCGCAGUUAGCUUCUGUCCCGUAGAUGGUGUGGCCAGCGCUGAGAAGGACACUGUGCAUCACGGAGGCUUUUCAGCUGUUCCGUGGGGCUGGUGGGGCUUUUUUGGUACAGCCACCAGCAGGGAGGAGGCUGCAUCGUGGCCUGCCAGAGUACCAGGGACCACUGGAGAUGAUGUGCCUGUUGUCUCGCUGGUUUAGAUCAACAGUAGUUAUUUUUACAGCUGUUUGGGCAGAAGAAAGCCGUGUAAGUAAUGGCUUUAUUUGCAAACAUCACCAUUUAUUUUUUGGUAGCAAUCCUUGACAGGAGCAACCCUAAAAAGACUUGAAUAUACGUGAAUUACCUUCUCAAUACCUCAAGUGUGUUGAGUUGCUUUGAGUUGAGUGUAUGCUCAAUAGCUCGAGUGCGUUGAGUUACUUUGGGACUGAUGAUUACUGCGAUGAAGCAAUGGUCUGUCUGGGUCGUGUCUGAUGACAGGGAGGUAGGGGGGAGUCUGGAGUCUUAACAGCAGAGGCCGAGUUCUGUAUUUCUCUCCUCUCCCCAACCUUCCCACUAAAAGAACAAGAUGAUACUACUGGGUCCUGGUUAUCUUGGUGCCAACCCCGUUACAAGUUUCAAGGCUGCGAGAUUUUUCUGAGGCCUCUAAGCUCUUUGAGGCAGUGGCCGCUGUCACUGUGGAGAUGCGAUUCCCUUUUCGGAAGGAUCUCGGUGCCGGGUGGGAAAGCCCAGGGUCGUGAGGACCAGGAGCGUGAGUACCUCUCGCAGCAGGAUGCUUCCUGAGCUGAGCUGCGGCAAAUCAGCACUUCUGCCUUUCAGAAGAGGCUCGCUGCUCACGAGGUGGAAUGAGGGAUUGGAAAAAUCCCGUCUUGUUCACUUUCCUUUCUUGAAAAAGUGGCCUUAGCUUUUUGCAAUACUUGAAUAAGUGUGUACCUGCAGAAGAUCUUCAGUAGCACAGUGAUAGAGACCUUUUAAGUGACUAUUCUGCACGGAACUGAGCGCAGUUCUGACUUUCAUAUCCCUUUGCUACCUUAAGACUAUUAGGAAAAUAAAGUACUUUUCAGCAGAGAAACAGUUGAAUCUUACAAGGUAUUUAGUGCAUCUGAAGUGUUUACAAAUCAACUAAAAUGGAGAAAAGCAAACUAUUGAACUUAUUUGUAAUUUAAACGUUAAAUGCAAAAAUAUAUACAGAUGAAAGAGGAAUACUGUAAUUAACCUGCAUUUAAUAGUUUUUUUUCCUUGACUUUGCAGAGCCUUUUGAUAUACAUUUGCAAAGCCGCCUUCUGGGAGGCUCCGUCUCCCGAUGUACUGUGUUGUGGAGAUACUAAAAAAGAAACCUGUUUACUGUGUAUGUGUAAAUAACCUGGUAACUUGGUUUUUGGGCCAGUUUCAGCAAAUGUUCACAUCCAGAGCAGCUUUGCACAGUAGACAGACCCAAGGAUGUGGAGGGGUUUUUGUAAUUAAGAACUGUAAAAUAACCAGGGGGGUCCCUGUGUACACCAGUGUAAAUAUCUUUCGUAACUGAAAUGUACUUUAAGAGAACAAAAUCUGUAAAUAAACUGAUUUAUAAAUUAA